CACAGAUUUGUGAUCCUAUGAUCUCACUGCGCGCGUUAGUUUGGGCCCACUUGUUUUUUCUGACACCAUUGAGUUACGGCCGGCGCGUCCUGCGUCUUGUUUUGUUGUGGCGGGAUCCGGAAAGCUAGUGAGAGCAUGAGACGUUUUUGAGUAGAGACAUGUAAUUGUGUAAUCUCUUUCGAUUUCCACUUAAGUCAAACAAAUUAUAACAAAAUGAGUAGCGCAGUGCUCCCUUAUGUGAGCCCCCAUCGGGUGAUGGUCCGCGGCUUGCCUUAUCACACUACGAAAUUGGAUAUUCUUGACUUCUUCCGAGAUUGGACCGGUCUUUCGCCGACUUCUGUUGUAUUUCCUUACCAAUUUCGGCGGGGUGGGUUCACUCAAUUGAACUUGCCGUCAGGGACUUGUGCGUCUUCGUCAGCGACCAGUGCUCGCGUUGGGCAUACCCCUGGAUCGUCAAGACGUAUUUCGGAUCAGAAGCAAGCACCGCCGGACCGGCAACUGCUGGAGCACACCAACAGUGGCAUUGCAUACGUUGGGUUUGGUACUGCACAAGAGUGUCAUGUUUUAAGGCUCCAAAGUGUUCAGCUUUUAGUGCAAGUUUUUAGUCUUAUCUCACAGUUUUUCAAGAGCUUCCAAUUCCUUUGAAAACGCAAUUCUGUCAGGAAGGAUGCUUUCGCGAUCGCGAAAUAUUACCAUUGAUUCUCCACAUGGACAAAUUAGGUAAGGCUUAUAUGCCAAGGAAAGUGCGUGCCAAUGUUAUCAUAGACAUAAUGCAGAAUCUGAUCUUUUCUAAAUUCGGCCGUGGACAAGGGUGAUAAGUGCUGGCUCCGGAAUGAGCGGAAGAUAGACGUACUAGAAAUCGCGGAGCACUUGAAGCGCGCUUUCAACGAUCCCACAUUGAAGGUGCCGUAUGAAAUUACGAUGCAGACGGAAGUGGAUGGCGCGAAGCGGAUGGAGGUGGGCAGGAAGCAACGGGAAAUGAUGGAGAGACGGAGAAGUUGGAUGAAGUAUGAUAAUAGCGGUCGCCGCUACGCAAGGCAAGACAACAUUGCGCCAUUUGAUCACAAGUAACCCUUGUUUUUAGAAUGGUCUUGCUUUUUGAAAGAAGACACGCUGCACACAAGUGGUUUGAAAACUUCGGAAGCACGCUUCUGAGGCCCGGAAAGCGGAAUCACAAACAUGAAUGGC